CUGUGGUCCAGUGGAUUGACCUACCUAGACUGCUUUUGAUCCCGUACUGAUCAUCAUGGCAUUAAUUUUAUAGGCACCUCGUGAAAUGGGAGACUGCUUCACAGCUCCAGGCAGCCUUCGACCAAUCCGUCCAACAUAGUCCACUGAUCGAGACAGUUACACGACAACAACCACCUCACAAUGACCUACAAACCCGCGCUCGUCGUCGUCGACGUGCAAGAAGACUUCUGCCCUCCCAACGGCACGCUGGCAGUAGAAGGUGGACGAGACAUCGUACCCGCCAUCAACGCGCUCCUCUCCCUCCCAUUCGCCGUCAAGAUCGCGACAAAAGACUUCCACCCACAAGACCACAUCUCCUUCGCCUCGAACCACUCCGCACCCGACAACAAACCCUUCGAAUCCGUCUGCACAAUCGCAAACCCGCUGAACCCCGGAGAGACGCAAGAGACACGCCUCUGGCCCGACCACUGCGUCCAGGGCACAAAAGGGUCCGACCUGCUCCCCGAGCUCGACCUAAGCCGCGUGGACAGGGUGGUGGAAAAGGGCCAGGACAAGCGCGUGGAGAUGUACUCUGCGUUUGCGGACCCCUUCACAAGCCCUUGCGUUGUCAAGAGCGACCUUGCCAAGUCGCUGCACGAUGCGGGUGUCACGGAUGUCUUUGUCGUGGGCCUUGCGGCUGACUACUGCGUUAAGCAUACGGCGCUGGAUGCGCAGAAGGAGGGGUUCAAGACGUGGGUGAUUGGUGAGGCGACUAAGGCGGUUGAUCCGGCGGCGCUGCCGGAUGUCUAUAAGAUGUAUGAAAAGGCUGGGGUCACGGUCAUAGGGAAGGACGAUGCGCAGGUGCAGAGGGUUAGGGAGUACUCGUGAAGACGUGAGUUUUGCGAGGGUUGGCGGGGUACGAAAUGGGUACUUCGAAGACGAAAUGCAUGGCCAGACAGGUAGACGUUGUAAAUAUUAUCUACAUUUUAUCUUCACACAAAAAUGCAAGAUCGUUCGCC